AUGGAGGAGGCCAAAAUCGCCCGCCCGCCAGGAAAGUCGUCGUGCCGUGAUAACAAAGGUCUGGUGGAAAACCAUUCCACGUUCAGUCCACGCGUCGCCAAUUUAAUCGCGUCCAAUCGCGUCCAAUCGCGAUGCGUCCUCCGUCUCAACUUCGGCCUUGCCUUACGCAGAUUGUACCAGCCCGAAAAGCAGUACAAUGAAGGACCGGAAUCUCUCGAAGCAGGACGCAGGAAGUCUCUACGACUCGCAAAGCAAUCUUCGCCUCAAAUUCUGCUUCCAGAUGUUGACAUAGUAACGAGCGGCAAGGAAUUACAACUACAUCGAGCAGCAAACUCCUGUGACCUUUACGACCAUUUUCGUCCUUUAGCACAAGGCAAAGCACGCAACAAGUACGUGCGACAGCCAGCACAAGCGAUUGUAGCAACGGUUAAUGAGGUCAACGACAAUGUCGCUUCUGCCAGCCGGCAAUUGAAGGAAAAGUAUGCCCAACUGUCAGAAUUGCUGAAUCAAUUUGUCGGGACAACGCUCUGCCAGGACGACUUCUACGAGAGCGGUGACCUGCUCGCCCUUCCCUUCGACGUUCUCGAAUAUGCGCUUGACAAGAGCGAUUCUUGUUCCAUCGACACGAAACGGUGUGCAGCAUACGUUAUGCGUAUUAUCCCGGCGGCAGCAUAA